UGCGUUUUACUUUACAAUUGUCUGUCGUGUGGAUAGGUUUGGUCUUUUUUAAAGCCACUUGGAUUGGAUAUACUGGGGACAGAGUUUGUGGUGCAUAUUUAGAGCUUUUCCAUGGAACUUAAAAGAAAGGCGCAUAGUUUUUAGUUUUUUUUUUAAUAAUUGUAACUUUUCUUUUUUUUGUAAAGUCGACCCCUUAUUAAAAGGGGCAGUUUUUAUCUGUGAUUUUGUUUGUUUUAUAAACUAAGUGCUUUUCAAAAUGGUAUUUGAAGAAAUUGCUGAUAUCUUUUCGGAAACGAGUGAUGUUAAACUGGAAGACCGUUUCGGAAUAAGAAAUCCAAUCUUUUUAUGUACAAUUUUACCCAUAUACUUGCUGGUGGUUUUAAAAAUCGGACCCAGUUUAAUGAAAUCAAGACCUGCCUAUCAAUUAAAAACUUACAUAAUUUGUUAUAAUAUUUUUCAAGUCGUUGCCUGUGUUUGGUUAGUAGGCAAAAUUUGCUCAUCACAACCACCAGCUUUAAGAUUUUGGAAAUGUGUUGUCGGUGAACCUGGUACUCUACAUCGAAAACAAUUCGAUCAUCUCAGUAUCUUAACAUUUUGGCUGAAAGUAACAGAGCUUAGUGAAACUGUUGUUUUUGUUUUAAGAAAAAAACAAAGACAAGUUUCAUUUUUGCAUGUCUUCCAUCAUUGUUCAACGGUGACUUUAGUAUACCAGUCAAAGUUUUAUCCAGCGAGUUCGGCGCUCUAUCCCAUCUUCCUAAACUCCAACGUUCAUAUUGUAAUGUAUCUUUAUUACUUAAUGGCUGCUGUCCUUCCAACAAAAAUUGUUGCCAAAUUGACACCGCUUAAGAAAGCUAUAACAACAAUACAAAUGGUACAAUUUUUCUUAAUCUUACUACAAGUUGUUGUUGUCCUAAUACUCGGCUGCUAUAUCCCACCGUUAAUUUUAGCAAUGCACGUUGGCAUUAUUUGUGCAUUCUUUUAUAUGUUUUAUGAUUUUUAUCAGAAAAAUUAUAAAAAUAAAAAACAAAAAUUAGCUUCAAGUAUGAAGAAAAAAGUUGAAUCAAAUUGAAACAAAAAAGAACAGAUAAAACUGCGAUUUAAAAUAAAUUGAAUACGUUAUUUUAUAUUCAAUUUGUAUGUACAGAAAAAAAGAGAAAUAAAAGAGAAAAAAAAAAAC